AUGCCUCACAAAAUAGGUCGGAUAAUUGAAGGGAGUCCCGCAGACCGCUGUGGCAAGCUGAAAGUAGGCGAUCGGAUCUUGGCCGUGAAUGGGUGCUCCAUCACCAACAAGUCGCAUUCAGACAUCGUCAACCUCAUUAAGGAAGCGGGAAACACCGUUACCCUGCGCAUCAUUCCAGGAGAUGAAUCAUCCAAUGCUACUUUAUUGACCAACGCAGAAAAAAUUGCUACAAUUACGACCACACACACUCCUCAGCAAAUACCACAGGAGACCAGCAGGAACACCACCAAACCAAAGCAGGAAUCCCAGUUUGACUUCAAACCGCCCCAAGCAGCGCAGCAGGACCAAGAUUUUUACACUGUUGAGCUGGAAAGAGGAGCCAAAGGGUUUGGCUUUAGCCUGCGAGGUGGCCGGGAGUAUAACAUGGAUCUGUACGUGUUGCGGCUAGCUGAGGAUGGUCCAGCUGAGAGAUGUGGGAAGAUGAGGAUCGGUGACGAAAUCUUAGAGAUCAACGGAGAAACUACCAAGAACAUGAAGCACGCUCGGGCCAUCGAACUGAUUAAAAACGGUGGCCGCAGGGUCCGCCUGUUUCUGAAACGUGGAGAUGGCUCUGUCCCAGAAUAUGACCCCAGCAGUGACAGGAACAGUCCCGCCACAGGUUCACAAAAUGUAUCGGAAAUGAAACCCGUACCACCCGACCGACGGCAGCACCCAUCAUCGGAGUCCAGUUAUCCACCAGACCUUCACAAAUCAUCACAACAUGGGGACAAGCGGACUUACGUUAGAGACCUAAAAGGCAGCAGAGAGUUUAGCAGACAUCCCAAUGAACACCACACUUGGAAUGGGACUUCUAAAACCAACGACCACGUGCCAGGCAGGAGGACGGAGAGGUCGCCGGAGAGGAGGCGCGAGAGGCAGCCAGACAGGACGGUGGUGAACGGGCAGAAGAGGAGGUCUCCCGAAAAGAGGAGGGAAGGGACGAGGAGCGCUGACAACACCUUGGAGAGGCGGGAGCGACACGAGAGGAGGAGAGAGCUCUCCCCCGAGAGGCGUAGGGAACGGUCGCCCAGCCGCCGGCGGCGGUCACUGGAGAGACUCACGGAGCCGAGGAGGUCGCCCGACCGGAGAAGAGAGAGUUCCCUCGACCGUCGGGCCAAGUCGUCCGACCGGCGGAGGGAGAGGUCGCCUGACAGACGGUUCCGAGAGGAGCGAGCUGGCCACCGGGAGAGGGAAGAGCCCAGCUGGAAGCACGAGGCGAGCCGUGCCCCCGUCAUCGCCUCCCCCGUGCCACAGGAGCUGAAACCAUCCGGCUCUCGCAGGCGAGGAGACAUCCGGCACCUGCUGAUCCUACAAACCUUUUAUGCAGAUGAAAUCUUAAACAAACAAAGUGUUGUGCCUGAUGUAUAA